CUAGCCCAUGGAACACCCCCUCCAACUGUAGAGCCUGAGCCCCAAUGUCAUGCCGAAGCGGAAGUGGUCCGGCGCGGUGACGGAGCUCAGCGACGGCCGACGAGCUGUGGAUGAGUUCACGAUCUAUUUGGCGAAGCUGCCCAAACACUUGGAGUCCAAGAAGCAGGUGGCCGAAGCGCUCCAGGAGUUUGGAGAGGUGGUCCAUGUUCACAUUAAGGAGGACCUGAGCCACGGCUUCGUCCAUUUUGCCUCAAAGGACUCGGCCGCAGCUGCGAUCCGAGCAGGCAGCGUGGGCAUCUGCCAUCGACAGGUAGAGAUCCGCUCAGCCAAUCAAGAUGCCAAUCAAGAUCCGCCGCCCAACCUUCUUGAAGGUGAAAGCAGCUUCUACUGGCAAGGCCGACUGGAGAAAUUCCGCCGUGGCCAUGGCUUUCUGCGGCCGCUGCCUGGCGGUGAGCAGCUUCCUGAGAUGGAGCAUGAGGACGUGGGCAUUGAGCGGGGAGUCUAUGUGUCGGUAGCACAGGUGGAACGCUUUGAUCUGCAGGAUGGUGACGUCAUCGGUGCGGAGGUGAGGCCGCCACGCAGCUCUAGCAAAAGGUCAUACAACAGCUCGUGCGACGAAGUGUCCUGGGCUUUGUUACAAUUGCGCGACAUCAACGGAGAACAGGCUUCUGCGCGAGAUCGUGGUUGGAGCUGGAGCGCCUGGUCGGACAAGUCUGGGUCCCCUUUGGAAUGGACCGGCGUUGUGGAGUGUUGGAGGAAGUUGAACCACGGCUUCUUGCGCCCUUUGCCACCAGAGGAUCGCCGCAGCAUCAACAACCCGGAUGUGGACGUGGCGCAAGGGGUUUUUGUGUACCCCAAGACCAUCCAGGACCAUCGUCUGAGAGACGGAGAUGUCGUCAAGGCUCAAAUCAGUACCUCAGAGGGGAAGUCCAUGGUCGUGCGGAGGGUGCUCCACGUGGACCGGAAGUCGGAGGACAUCCUUCGAGAAAAAGCCAUCGCGCUGGAAGGAGAGGUCGAGAUCUUCCGCAAAGGCUACGGCUUUUUGCGACCGCUCCCAGACGACCUGGAGCUUUGGCAGGAGAAAGGUUGCAGCGAAGGUGUCUACGUUGCUGCCAGUCAAAUCAGCAGGUAUGGCAUAUACCAUGGCCAGCGCGUCACCGGCCUCAUCUAUCCGGCGGCGCCGCCCGCUAAGCCCUCACCGGAGCUGGCGGACAUCCUGCCUGACAAGCCUGAGGAUGUUUGGCAGCUCUUGGAAAAGGACUCUGACGAGAAUGGGCCGCCGCUGAAAAUCCGGAGGCUCCUGGGGCUCCGGAUGCACGGCGUCAUCACGAGCUGGACGAUGACGAAAUCCGGUUUCUAUGGUUUUUUGAAAGCCGACCACGUCGACAUACCUGACGAGGUCUUCUUCCGGGUCUGGCACGAUCCCAAGCAGCUCCUGCAGCUCCGCUUGGGCGAAGCAGUCUUCUUUCGUUUGGAGAUUCGCCGCCGUGGUGAAGGUGAUUGGACGUGUUGUGCAGCCAAUCUUCACUUCCAUGAGCAGGAUGGAGCUCGAGAGCAUCAGCCGAAAGAUUUGGAGCUCUUGAAAGCGGCCAAUGCGUGGCUGGAGACCGUGGAGAUCCCGCGGGACCAACGCUCGGAGAUCCACGCGCAGAUGCCGCAGAUGGCCGCCGCCAAGGCCGCCGAGACCGAGACGACCGAGGCGGCCGAGACGGGCGAGACGGCCGAGACGGCUGAGACGGGCGAGACGGCUGACCAGAACGCGGCAGUGCAUGGAGCUAAUGGGGCGGAUCAAAAAGAGUGUAAGGAUGAGGUGGAAGAGAUGAAGGAAACGACAAAGAUGGAAAAGGAGAAGGAGUUGGAGAAGAAACAGAUAGAGUCCCCAGAGCAGGCAGGGUCUGCUCCACGGCGAAAGCCUUCAAGACCGAAGCUGAAGCCGCAGCGGUCGUCGGUGGCGCAGCCACGACCAAAGGAUGGAGGGCGCUUUGAGCGACCGAUACCCGUCAUCGGGCCAAGUCGGGUCAUACCUGGCCAGCUUGGACAGAGACAGGGCGAGCCCAGACCGGGCGAGCCCGCAACGCGGCCCAUCCAAGCCAUGAAGUCCAUGGCAAACUCGAACAUUCACAUCACCUUUACUAUGCCGGCGUCCAAAGCAAAGGCCUUGCCAAAGAAGCAAGUCUUGCCGAAGAAACUCCUGCCGACCAGCAAGCCGUUGGCCAAACCCAGGGGGUCUGUUGCCCAUCACAUGGACGCCCUCACAAGCCCGCCGCCAAAGCCGCAGAUCCGCCCCACCAGGGCGAAGCCAAAGGCAAAGCCCAAGGCGGCACCAAAAGCCUCGGCAGGGUCCGAACAAUUGAGCAAAACGGCAAAGAAGAAGAAGCAACUCAUCCAACAAACCAUUGCGAAAGUGAAAGAAGCUGCCAGCCGUGCGCUGAGAGUUCAGCACUCGCUUUUUCGAAAGGCCUUGAGUGAGCGGAACGCUUUGAAGGGCAAAGACAUGGAUCAAAUCCUCGAAGAAGCCACGAAGUUGCUCCCCUCUUCUCUCUCAGAGCUGGAAGAGGCAAAGCCAGCGACUCGGAAGCUUCCCACCAAGGUCGCCCCACAGGCCCCACCGGCCCCACCGCCACCAACGCCACCGCCGCCACCGCCAGCCCCAACGGCGCGGUCGGGCGCGACGCCCACGGCCGCACCGGCCGCGGCGUUUUCGGCAUCUGCCGCGCCGGCUCGAACGCCGCACAGCGCGGCCAAGGCCAAACCCGCACCCAAAAUGAUGCCGCGAAGCAAGCCUGAAACGCAGAAACGAGUGAAGCUGGAAGAUCCAGGAGAUGACUUUGUGACGGUCCGCGUGGCCGGCGAAGAAGAGCCAUCAGCACCAUCAAGUCACCCCAGGCAGAGCCCGCCGGCAAGACAGCCCAGGAGCGACGACUUCGUGACGGUGAAGCUCGAGGACGAUGAUUUCGUGACGGUAAAGGUCGAGGGCGCUGAGGACACACGAGCGACCUCCUCCCGAGACGCCGUCAUGGUCAAGGUGGACGUUUGGGAUUCCGACGAGGAGCUGCCGCCCUUUGACCCGGAUGACAAUUGGUGAG